AUGAUAUACUGCCUGGUGAUUACGAUAUGUGUUUUCAUUUCCCUGAUUAUUCCUUACAUGUCAUAUUGCCCCCUUAAUUUCGACUCUAGAACCAACAUCUUUGUAGCUGCCUGUGAUCCAAACCGUCAUCCGAUAACCACGUUUCAAAACCAAUCAACUGUAUUUUUUCCGGCCAUUGCUAUGAUUGUUAACAUGAGUAUUAUUUUAUGGAUGAAGCUAUUCAAAAAGUCAACUGGAGCAACUUCUUCAAAAUGGGAAAAGACGAUCAUUCGACAAGCGAUUUCUACAGCAAUUUACUUGUCUAUUUAUGAAAUUGGUUAUCAGUGUAUAAGGCAAUUUCCAGUAGAGUACGCGCGACUUCCACUAGAAGCCCGUACUAUAAUUCUACAGUUUCGUUUUUGUAUUGUGUGUUCUAUCAAUUUUCUUGUAUAUUUUGUAGAGGCACGAUCAACCAGAGAGCUUCUCAUUGGAAAGAUCAAGUCUAGAUUUUCAGUGUCAAAUGGAUCGAAAAUAACUGUAGUCUCCCGUAUCCCAACAUUUUAAGUUUUAUUUUGUAUCAAUAAAUAUUUUAAUCAAAUGUCAAAGCUUAUGUUA